ACACGCGUCGCCUCCAUCCACGACGCCGCAGCGCACAUGACUAAUGUGCAAACUAGACAGCGGAUAUCCGCUGCCCCUACCGCAGUCGCUGCACCCAGCAGCGUCAGUAGCACGCCCUCCUACGUCACCACGCCAGGAUCCGCCGUACAUACCGGUGUCAGCACUACGCGCGCACUCACGGCCGCUACACACUCGACCGUCACGCAUACAACCGCCGCACAUAUGGCAGCUCGACGAGCCGUCUACCACCAACAAGUCGCCGGGCGCACCGCCGCCUGGGCAGAAGCCGCCGCAAGGGCGCACCCUAUCAGGCGUACCGUACCAACGCCCCAGUGUAUUCUCGGCAGGGUAACGGCCGAUACGCGCAAUGCCUUGAUAGUCGCAGCAGAGCGAGCCGGCAGUACCGAAGAGAGUUCCACGAGUAGCAACUCAACAGAAUGCAGUAGCUCAAGCGGAAGUGCGACUAGUUCAAGUGACAGCUCGGACGACUCGAGCGAGGGGCGAGUUGACCCGUCGGCCACUCCGGCCAGCGAACAGAUACCCGCGAGGCGAACAACAUCACCGGCCAUCCAACUCUCCUCAGGGGAAGAGACAACGCCGCGGGAGGAGCAAGGGCCAGUACUAGCAUACCCGCCAGGGCCAGGCAGCAUCACAAUAUACCCGGUGGACCUGCGUUCGUUAGAGGGGACACGAUGGCUGACAGAUGCGGUGAUGGACGCAUGGGCGAGAGG